AGCAGCGCCACAGGAAGUGGGUGCCCGGUGGGCUGGCAGGGCAGGCGGAGAGGCGGUCCCGCCCGGCACGACGCCCGCCGCCGGCGCCGGGGAGAGCGUCCGCCGCCCCCCAUGUCCCUGCCGGUGGUGCUGCCGGGCUCCUGCUGCCCCGUCCCGGGGCUCGCUCCGCUACCGCAGGGGGCGGCGGGUUCCCUGCCCGCCGCGGCCGCCGACCCGUCGCUGCUGCCUCUCGGCCCCGGCGGCUGCCGCAACCCCGGCUUGCCGCAACCCCGCAACCCGGGCGCCGGCGAGCUGCCGGCCCGCCCGCUGCUCUCGCUGGGGCUGCUGCAGAUCUUCCUGGGCUUCUCCCUGGUGGCGCUGAACUUCGUGACGCUGUCGCUGAGCGGCGCCCCGCAGGUGAAGAACGCCUGUCCCUUCUGGACCGGCGCCUCGGUAAUCUUAUCUGGAAUCUUAGGCUUAAUGACAUGGAAGAGGCCGAUGAUGGUCUUGGUUAACCUGUUUGUUACGCUGUCUGUCAUCUGUGUUCUGCUGGGCUUGGCUGGAUUUAUAUUAGGAUGUCAAGGCCUUCAGUUUGUGUCCAGUGUACCCAGAUGCGAUUUGAUGGAUAUAGGUGAAAAGAAAGUUUGUUUCUGCUGUCAAGAAUUACAUCUCACUAAAUGCUCAGAAGAGACUGCGCUGAAGCUUAACCACAUGAAGUCCUGCAGUGCUGUUCACCUUCGCCUCAAGAAAUUACUCUUUGCUCUUUGUACCCUGAGUGCUCUCACCACCACAGUUUGCUUGGUAGCAGCUGCCCUGCCUUACCUACGUGUUUGUGCAACAGGAAGAUCCAACAUAGGUGAAGCUCAGGUUGAAGACCAACAUCACUUUUCAGAUCCUGAUGAUUUUGUCCCACCUGUGCCACCUCCUUCCUAUUUUGCAAUUUUUCAUCCUGGUACUCCACAAGUGAGUCGCAGGAUGCGUGGCUCCGAUGUGAUUCCGUUGCACCAUAUUUACGGAGCGCGAAUCAAAGGAGUUGAAGUGUUCUGUCCUCUGGAUCCACCUCCUCCUUAUGAAGAUGGGCCGAGCCAGAGCAGCUCUGAGCAGGAAGGUGAACUCCAAAGAAGUGUUGUGGAAGUUGUUGAUUUGGGGGAAGUGAGUAACAGGCGGGCCUCUCAAGAUGAAGAAAUGCCUGAGUCUUCCAGCAGAGUGAGCCUUUCACCUUCAAAUGCAAGCCCAGUGCCUGGUGAAGGAGCAAGCAGGAGAGCCUUCAAUCUGUCACGGAAAUGGUCUAGAAGUGACCCUGUGCUGCACUACCAGUUGCCUCAAGGGGCAGUGCUCAGCUGUGAAGCUGCAACUCAGACUGAAGUAAAACCAGAACUCUGUGCUGUCACCUUGCGGAAGAAUCUGAGAGAAAGAGUCUUGAGGGGAAGACCCCAUUCUUUGAUAGAUUACAAGUUUUACACAGACACUAAACUGCUUGUGUCAUGGUUCCUAGAGCAGUCCUCCUGGAUGAUGAGCCCUGACAUACAUGAAUUGGUGGAAGAUAUCAAGUCAGUUUUAAAAUCAGAUGAGAAACAUAUGUCAGAAGUGAUCACCAGUGCCACCUUCCUUGAGCAGGCUAUGGCACCUGCCCAGCAAGCCAUGUCAUUGAGUGCCCAUGAGUUACCGUCCAGACAACAUCUACAUCUUGAAUUUCUGCACCUGGACAGCUGUGGUGACCUGAAUACUUUCACCACAUAUGAAGAUCAUGUAGCAGACAGGAGGAUCCAGAGAGCUGAACACAAACGGCCUCACAGUCUUAUUGGUGUUGUCAGGGAAACUGUACUCUGAGCUGGUUUCUGUUUAUCCCUCAAUAGAGCAUUUCUGUCAGAUAUACCUGCUGCACAGGAAAACUAUCUCUGAGAACUGGGUGGAAGAGUGAAUCAUAGAACCACAGAAUAUGCUGAGUUGGAAGGUCCCCAUCAGGAUUCUCGAGUCCAGUGCCUGUCCCUGUGUAGAGCAGCCCAAGAAUCACAAGUGCCUGAGAGCAUCAUCCAAAUGCUUCCUGACCUCAGGCAGGCUUGGUGCUGCGACCACUGCCCGGGGGAGCUUGUUUCAGUGCUCAGCCACCCUCUGGGUGAAAAGCCUUUUCCUGAUAACCAACCUAAACCUAAAAGCAGGAUUCAGCUCCCUGCCGUUUCACACAGUCCUGUCACUGGUCACAGGAGUGAAGAGAUCAGGACCUGCCUCAGCUCUUCCCCUUGUGAGGAAGCCAUAGACUGCAAUGAGGUCACCCCUUGGUCUCUUCCAAGUUGAGUAAUCAAAGUGACCUCAGCUGCUCAUCAUAAAUCCUUCCAGAUCCUUCACCAUCCUUGUGGCUCUCCUUUGGACACCCUCCAGUAGCUUGAUGUACUUUUUAUUCAAGGUGAGGCCACACCGAUGCAGAGCAUCAGGCUCGUAAGGGGAAGCUUGUUCUACAAAGCCUAUUAAGCAGAUUGCAAGCUGGCCUUUAUUGGGUUCUCAGGUGCAACUCCUCUGUUUGUGACAUGGUACUGUCCUGCUUCAUCUCUAGUCUGUCACCACUUAGGAUGGCUUUGCCUUUUUUACUCAGCUUCGAAGAGCAGUGUCAGAAUGGCUCUAUGCCUUGGUUUACCAAGGUGAGGAAAGGACAGUUAAUGCAUGUGUGCACUUUGUAUCUCACUGGAGAAUGGGGCCAGUGUCAAUGCCUGUGUUCAUCUGGUGUGUAUUACUGUAGCUCCACUGAUUAUUUAGUUUUAUUUAUUUGUUUGCUGGCAUAUAGCAAUGUACCCUUGUAGAGGUGCUUGUUAUGUACUGGCUGCCAUCCAUUCUGGAAGCACAUAUGUAGCCAUUUGAAAUCCUCUGCUGUCAGUGCAGGUAACUACCUAGCACUGUUUUGGCAAUUGUAAUACCUAGGCUGCAGUGACCCAUGAGUUGACGCCCUCUGGCCAAUAAACAAAUGUAUAUGCAAA